CUAUGUAAAGUGUUUCUAUAGUCCCAAAUUGUCAAUUUGUCUCUCAAACUCAAACCACCCCAAAUCAAUGGGUUCUUGUAUUAGCAAAUGCAGAUCCAAGAAGAAGUACUCUGAAGAAGAAGAUUGUGACUAUGUUCAAGACAAACUGGUAAUUUCACAAGCUCAAGUUUCUCCUCUUCCGCCACCACCAAUUACUAAGAAGUACUCUCUGCCUCCAUCUUCUCCUCCUUCAUCCACUUCUUCCACUUCUUGCACCACUAGCAGCUCCUACUCAUUGACCUCCUCUUCGUCAUCCUCAUCGUCAUGUUCAUCAUCCAUUUUAAGCUUGAAGGACCGGUCUUUUUCAAACGAGUUCUUGUGGUCCUGUGCCAAGGACAAUCCACACAUAAUGCUCAUUGAUAAAUCAGCGCCUACUAAAGUUCAUGUCGCGAAAUUGGCACCAGUGAAGCAGUCCAUUCCACAAAGGCCGGUUAGGGCAACACCACAGAAGAGAGCUCGCGCUAGCUCACCAACUCUUACGCGACAGAAGAGCUUUCGUAAGGAGCCUGAGAAGCCCAAUUCCCCAUAUUCGGUUUCUAGUAGGACUUUGAGGUCUCCAUCUCCUAGUAGGAGGUUCAGUACGGGAGAGAAUUGCAAAGGGGUUUUAUCAAACAGUCCUAAAGAAAGUCUUGGCACGCGUUCGAUUGGUUCUAAAGUGAGUAAGGUGAGUUCUGAAGCAUCAUCAUGUGUGAGGAAGGAAACUGUUAGACCAGUUAGUCCAAGCAACAAUACUAUAAGUACUAGACAUUGCAGUUGUUCGAGGAAUAGAGAGAAAUGUACUAUUCAGAUUGGUUCCAAGGUUGAUGAGAUUGCAGUUGAGGAAGUGGUGUCUAAUGCAGAUGUGGAUCAAGCAAUUCCAACGGAGGACAUUAAUAAUCCUCUAAUCGCAUUGGAUUGUUUCAUCUUUCUGUAAGUCUGAGUUUGCAUGCAUGUUCAAAUACAUACUGAUUGUUUUGUUCAUAAAUUCAGGUUGUGUUUUGUUUUAUAUAUAUUUUUGGCAUAUGAUCAUGAACAGAUUUGAAAAUGAUCACCUAGAUCAAACAUUCAAUAUUGUCGCACCUUAUUAUUAUUAUUAUUAUUUUUUGAGAAUUGUGACUUUUAAGUAUUCAUUUUAUAAGAACAUGUUGUUUGUACA